UACAUGUACCGGUAGGCCUACAUGUUUGCAUACUGCGGGUAAGACAUCACAAGUUGAUAAUUUUGUUCAUAUUUAUGCACUUGUUUUGUGUACAUGUUCAGUUGUCAAACAUUACAAGCACACCGGUACAAGUGUUCCAGUUUGUUCAGAGAUGUACAUGUAUACGCAUGUACAUGUAUACUGUACUGUUUAAAAAGUCUACUUACUGCUUAUUUUGUGCUCAUUGCAUAGACCGUUUCAGUUUAUAAUUACGUCAUUUACAUCACUUAAACAUUCUAAUUUUGUCCAUUGUUUCUUUGCAGCUUUUGUUAUCUACAACUUUUUGAGCCUUUGCUAUGAGUAUCUGGGCGGGGAGAGCUCCAUCAUGUCUGAGAUACGAGGAAAGUGCAUCACGCCCACCAGCUGGUUCUGCUGCACCUGCUGCCUGCGUGGCCGCACUUACUCCAUCGGUUUCCUGCGUUUCUGCAAGCAGGCCACCUUGCAGUUCUGCUUUGUCAAGCCCAUCAUGGUGGUCAUCACGCUGGUACUCCUGCCGUUUGGCAAGUACUCAGACGGAAAUUUCUCCGUGGUGGAUGGCUACCUAUACAUCACCAUCAUCUACAACAUUUCAGUCAGCCUGGCCCUCUACGCCAUGUUCCUCUUCUACUUUGCCACCCGUGACCUCCUCAGCGCCUUCAGGCCUGUGCCCAAGUUCUUCAUGGUCAAGUCCAUCAUCUUUGUUUCAUUCUGGCAAGGUGUUCUCCUGGCCAUUCUGGAGCUUGGUGGAGCCAUCACCCCUCUGGUAGUGGAGGGGGGCAGGGAGACUGUCCAGGCAGGCACUGUCUCUGCCGGAUACCAGAACUUCCUGGUCUGCGUGGAGAUGUUCUUUGCCGCCAUUGGGCUCCAUCUAGCAUUCCCAUACUCCACCUACGAGCAGUGCACACUUCUAUCGGAUGGCCAGCCUGGUAGGCAGUCAACCAUGCAGAGUAUCUCCAGCAACCUGAAGGACACGGUCAACCCCAGGGACAUGUUCCAGGACACCAUUCACAACUUCUCACCGGCCUACCAGACAUACAUGCAGCAGGGCACCACGGAUGACAGUGAGACGGCAGGACGGCGCAACGGCGAUGCGGGCCCAAGGGGCUACAAGGGCAGCAUCAACUCCAAAGGGGGAGGGAGUGGAGUCGGAGGGAGUGUACUGGGAGGGGGUAUCCGCCUGCCCAGGUUCAACAGCAAGGCCAACCAGAAUGAGAAGUCAGGCCUUCUGAGUUCGGAUGAUGAGUUUUGAUUCUGCUAGUGGGGUUUAAAUGGUAACAAGACCAGGAGAAAUAUGUACUGGUGUGGGAUGUUGGGAUGGUAAAUACAUUGUUGUGUAAUUUAACUUGUUUAAUUUGUUGCUGGGGAAGCCAUUCAUGUUCAAGUCACUCUGUGUUGAAGGCAGGGAGUGUUGCUCGUCCCCUUCAAGUAACAUACAUGUAUGAGAUAAAUCUCUGAAAGAUUAGAAGCAAAAACCUCUCAUUGGACAAGCCCAUCACAUAUUUUUUGGUUGACCAGGACUAAUAUAUGAACAUCCGGUAGUUACAAUAAAGCACAGAAAGACAACAUCCCGCCGAGCCGUAAAUACAUGUACAUGUAUAUGUACAUGUAGAACUUAAUAAAAUGUUUUGAUUGUCUUGUAAAUAACAUUUUUCUAUAAAUCGACAUAAGUGUUUGGAAAUUACAUGUAAGCACAAUCUACUUAUUUGCUCCUGGAAAUUCCUGGGAAAAUUAACCAUUGCUGUAUGUUGGCAUGAAUGUGGUAAAAUAAUACGAAGAGCAUGGUCAAAGCUAUUAGCUCCUCCUAAAUUGCACUGAUGGUCUUUAUGUGAACUGGCAAGCUCUAAAAUAUUGUCAACUGCGAACAUCCGAAAUGGCCCAUUUGUAACAACGGUAAACGAUAACAGGGAAAUUACAGGUUUCCUCACAGCAUUUUAUUUUCUUUCUGUCAUUAACAAUAAAGAAAAUUCUCGAGUAUGGUACCAACCAACAGAAAUAACAACGAAUCGUGUGUCAGUUGAGUAUGGAUAAGGUCACUUAAGACAAGUUGUCAAAAUGGAGACUUGCUCUUCUUUCAACACCUGAUUCAUUGAGGAUGAAAGACAUCAAUUAAGAUGAUGCUUUUAUCAAAAAUGGAGAUUUUUGUUUGUGAUGGGUAUCACAGAAAAACUUGUGGUAGGUGAAUUAUAUGUAAUUGCUUGUUUGGCGAUGGUGUUUAAUUUUUUUCUAAUGACAUUAACGAUAACUUUGAUAAAUGUCACAAGUUCUAAUGAAUCUGAAAUAUGUAAAUUGGCCAUUGAAGGAAUAAUUGGAUGAACUGGCUCCUAUUGAACUUGAGUUGUGCAGUUUGAAUGCUUUAAGUGUUGAUGAUCUUGAGAAACUAUGAAUUUGUUUUUCAUUUUAUGGUUUUCAUCUUGAUAGAGAGUCCUGUUGUUAAUUGAAAAAUGAAGGACUUAAAUUGCAAGAAAUAAUAUGUGCCACGGGUUUAAAUUAUAUUUCGGCAUUUUACGUGUACUUAAAUCUCCCCUGAACAGUUAACUGUUGUGUCUACUGCUUUCCUCAAACCUGAGGAAAUAAAAGGUUUUUUAGGGAUUUUUUGUGUUUUUUUCCCCAAAGUCACAAAGUAGGUGUGCUUCACAGUGCAACUGACUGCCUCACCAUUGAAUGUACAUGUAGAUCAGAAGAUCUCUGCAAAGUGCACAACAAAGAUAUUGAAUCCUCACAGCCAUCACUUCAAGAGUUUUCUCUUUUAUUUGGUUUUCCCCUCGGAAACAAUGAAGCACACAGUCAAAGCUGUAGAUGUGAAGAGGUGAUGAGUGUAUUUCAGCCAGACAGGGAUAUGACCCUACUGUGCAACAGAUCGAUUCUGACAGUUUGUAGAUUGAUGUAAAUAUCUUGAUGUACUUAAAAAUGUAGUUACAAAUGUUUGGAAACGGGGUUGGCAAAGUGGCUGAACUCCUCGUGUUCUGUAAACAACAUGUUUGUAGAUUGUUUUGUUAGAUGAAAGAACAAUAGUGUAACAUAAUGUACAGAGACUUUGAUAUAUCUGUACAUAGGAAGAGUACAUAGAAGAACUUUAUGUACAAGUAACUCACUCGCUGGAGGAAAUGAGCAACGGUCCUCACUCAAGGAAAUGCCAGUCUAGGUUUUUUUUCCCGUCCUUUUUUCCCCCCAUCAAUCCUAUGACAUCGUCUUUAGUCUGUCUUAAGUCUGGACGCUACUGACGUUUUACAUGUGCUUAGCUAGUCUGGGUGUACCGCAGGCUUACUGAUGAGUCACUGGGAACAGUGGAGCACAGGAACUAAGAUACCCCACAGUCAUGACAAGGGUCGGCAUGCACAUGCUUUAGAAAGUGACUGGAAAAUGACGAGGAGAGGUGGAGUUCGGUAAAGCUUUCUCUGCUUUCAGCCGAUCUCUGACCAACACCUCCGAAUGAUGGAGAAUAAAUUCAGUCAAAUAUCAAAAUUUCAACAGCUUGAAUUCUUUGGGAUAUUGGAUAUGAACCAAGAAAAAUGUUAAGGAUAUACAGUCAAAAUCCGAAGGAAGAGAGUAAUUUAGGUACAUGUAGCUAUAGAAAUGAACCACCAGUAGUUUACAGACUCUAGUGUACAUUUGUACAUGUCCACUGUGUGUAAAUAGGUAAAUUAAAUAGCUGAAAGUAACUGUACCUCAGUUGUACCUGAGAUGGAAAUCAUGUUUUAGAUGACAGAUGUGGCGAUCUUCAUGUACAUACCUGUUUGUGUUCAUACAUGUAGGUUGAUGUGUGUGAGACCUUGAUGCAUAGUUAGUAAACAGCUGUGUUAAUAUGCAAUGUGUAUAGAUGACUGUGCUAUAAAUUUUAAGUGAAGUAAUUGCAUUUUGAAUUGAAUUCUUUUUCCCACAAGGAUUCUAUUCAUCGACCUUUCACCUUUUCUUUCAAUUCACCCUCAAUAUACUCACCAAGUGCUAAUUGUACUCUGCUUUGACCCCAAUCCCUCAACUGUGAACAUUCUUGCAAGCUACUUAAUCUACUGAUUCUCGUUUCUUUUGUGUUUUAUAUAACAUGGAAAAAAUGAGUUUUCGUUUCCCCAUACUGAUAUACUCCAAACCAAACUUUCAUUCAUGCUGAUAAUUAAUGUUAAUAACUAUGCAGUUACUAGACAGAAGUGGAUUUAUUUGCUGCAGAUGUUCGCGGUCAAAUUCAGUGCAGAUUUCACCAACUUGAAAGGAGAAAAAGUCUGGGUAUUUCCACAAUGUAGAGACUUGGGGCCAAGAAAACAUCAGGAGUAUUGUACAUACGUCUGCCUAUGCAGAAAAGUUGUGUGCACACACGCACAAGUAAUGCUUAUUAUGCCAUGCCACAAAUCACACCAGUUCGCAUGGCGACUGGCCCUAGUGAUGUCACUGAUUGAGUCAAGUUUGUUAGAGCGCAGUGCAUGGACCAAACAUAAACUACAGAGGGCAGUUUUCAGCUUAUGCGUGAAGGUGGCUGGUUUGCAGUCCUGUAGACAUAGGCUGCCUGAGAAUAGGUGCUGCUGGAUGUAACACAUGCACCUAUAUGGAAGUCACUGUCUGCCUGUGGUAGGCAGUCAAUUCCGAAACAACCUUCAAUAGAAAGGUAAAAAAAGGCAGUGGACUUGGAGACGGGAGACUAGACCUCAUAUCACAAUACUUUAUGUAGACAGUAUCUGCAUAACCUCUGAAAGUCGCACACAUUGCCGUGUGUGCAUGGUGACAGAUCAAUGAAGUCUGGUUUCUCCAGUCUAGAGGUACUCCCAACACAUACUGAAAACAGUACGUAUAUGCAGAUGUAAAUGUAAAUGAAGUUGACCCCACAUCAGAGGUGAGAAGAUCAUGUCAUUUCUGAGUGGAAAUCAUUUUUUUUUUCACUGUAGGUCCGUUUGAGAUGUAUUUUUUUUCUUCUUUUUUGUUUGGAGGACAAAAUGUCCAAUAUUGUCAGGCACUGUAGUUAACUCCUAUGAAAUUUGAGGUCAGAGUAAUUAGUUUGAUUCUUUGAAAUUAAACUUGAAUCCAGGUGAAAUUACUCGAAGGCCAUCAUUAUCUGUUUAUAAACAAAAUAAUGCUUGUAUUUGCCAAAGACAAUUAUGAAUUAACUAUAUCAAAAGAAAUAAUUGUAUAAGAAAUUCAGUGAAACUAUUUAAAAUGUCGAGUAUUUCUUAGUCAAAGUGUACACAAGAUCUAGUUGUAAUAAGUCAAAUGUAAAUUUAGAUUUUAAAUCUGUGUUUAUUUUGGUGAUAAAAGUAAGAGUUUUCUAUUUACAUUACAGUUUAGCACAACAGAAAUGUUUGUUUACCAUACUUGCCAACCCUUUUGAUAUGAGGCAACAAAAGGGGUACCCAGUUCAGGUUCAAUCCAGUGUAUCCUACCUCUCUUCACUUGGCAUGUUUUGAUCUUUUUUCUUCCUGUUGCUGAGGAUACAGGAAAGAGUUCCAUGAAGCAGCGCCGUUCUUUUAAAAAUAGCUCCAUGAAGCAGCGCCGUUCUUUUAAAAAUAGCCGGCAAGGGGCAUGCCCCCCAAACCCUGAAAGAGCUCUGUGCAUCCCCGAGUAAGGGUGCAUUACUUCGUGGUGUGACUGACUAUACAGUAUCUCAGUGUAGGUGUUAAUUUGUCUGCCUCUAGUUGGCUAACCUGCUAGAUGGUCCUCAAUAAAAACUACCCUUUUGAUUUUGCACAUAUGUUGGCUUGCAUGGUUAACUGGUUAACUACAUGUGUAGCAAAACACACAUUGCAAAAAGCACAUGAAGUUACACCAUGGAAUGAUAUUAAUUUUAUGUGACACUGAUGUCAUUGUGUCCAUGUGAAUGAAAAUGUGGCAUAAUUACUCGUCGGGACUGCAUUGGAAGGAAAAGGAUGACAGGUGAUGUUCCAUAAUGUAAUUUUUGCUCAGAUUGAGUGACAAGAUUUUGUUAACUCGUCAUGCUCCCCAAAGAUAUUUUUGUUGUGGAGAUAUUCUCACAUUAGGUUCAAAGAAAUUAUGGUGAAAGAGAGAGCGAGCAAUGCUGUGUGCUUUUAUCCAUGAAAGGUCAUUCCAUUUCCUGUUUUUACAGUUCUAUAUUUCCAGUAGCAUGUAUGCAAAACACUCUCCCCAAUCUAAGCCGAAAUUGGUAAGUUUUGAAUUUUGAAAUUAUUGUACCAACUAACAGAUUGUUCAAAGUCCUCAAACUGACCUGGAGCUUUUUUUUGGUAAGAGUUGCAUACCGAGUGUAACUGAGUUCAUAUGGAUUGUGUGCUGUAGCUUCACUAGGAAGGUUGUAAACAUUUUCCAACAAUGGUUUUAGGAUUCCAUCAGCAAUAGUGGGGUUGACCUCACAAAGAUGGGUUUAUGAAUUGUAACUGCACUAAAUUUACCAGCUUCAAUUAA